CUCUGGUCAUCUCCUGUACUGUGUCCACAGUCUCUGUAAUGUCCUGUACUAUGUCCGCAGUCUCUGGUCAUCUCCAAACUGUGUCCACAGUCUCUGGUCAUCUCCUGUACUGUGUCCACAGUCUCUGGUCAUCUCCUGUACUGUGUCCGCAGUCUCUGGUCAUCUCCUGUACUGUGUCCACAGUCUCUGGUCAUCUCCUGUACUAUGUCCGCAGUCUCUGGUCAUCACCUCUACUAUGUCCGCAGUCUCUGGUCAUCUCCUGUAUAUGUCCGCAGUCUCUGGUCAUCUCCUGUAGUAUGUCCGCAGUCUCUGGUCAUCUCCUGUAGUAUGUCCGCAGUCUCUGGUCAUCUCUUGUAGUGUGUCCACAGUCUCUGGUCAUCUCCUGUACUGUGUCCGCAGUCUCUGGUCAUCCCCUGUACUGUGUCCACAGUCUCUGGUCAUCCCCUGUACUGUGUCCACAGUCUCUGGUCAUCCCCUGUACUAUGU